AUGGCAACCAACACCACCAUCCGCAAGGCCCUCAUCACCGAGUUCGGCGACGCCUCCAAAGUCCAAAUCGUUCAAGAGGCCAUCACGGCUCCCCCCGCCAACCAUGUCCAGGUAGAAACCAUCUACUCCGGUUUCUCUGGCGCCGACAUCAACAUGCGCAAGGGCGUCUACCCGAUGCAAAGACCGGCCCCGCUGACCCCCGGCUACAGUCUCGUCGGCACCGUCAAGACCAACGGCCCGGGGGCCUCCAAGUUCUACCCCGGCGACACCGUCGCCUGCAUGACCAUGUACGACGCCGAGGCCGAGCUGGUCAACCUCCCCGAGAAGUACCUCAUCCGAGUCCCCAACGGACUCGACCUGCAGCAGGCGACGGCCCUCAUUCUCGACUGGAGCACGGCGUACGCCAUGGUCUUCGAGACUGCCAAGGUCACCAAGGGCCAGCGCGUCUUCGUCCACGGCGUCAGCGGCGCGGUGGGCUACGCGCUGAUGAAGCUGUGCCAGCUGCAGGGCGCCGAGGUCUACGGCACCGCCUCCGAGCGGAACCACAAGGCCGUCCAGGCGGAGGGCGGCAACCCGUUCGUGUACACCAACAAGGACUGGAUCGAGGCCAUGAAGAAGAUGGGCGGCGCCGAUGCCGUUUUUGACCCGCUCGGCUUCGAGAGCUGGGAUGAGUCGUUCAAGAUCCUCUCCAAGUCCGGCAUCCUCGUCGGCUACGGGGGCAAUCUGAACUCGCUGAGCGACAACGCCCAGCCGCGGUCUACGGUGAUGCCCACGGUCAAGCUGCUGGCUCGCGGCAUGGUCCCGUUCUGUCCCAAGCGAACGUGGUUCUACUACAUCACCCGCGACGACGCGACGUUUGAGCCCAACUUGAAGGCGUUGUUUGAGCUGCUGGGGGAGGGGAAGAUCACGGUGCCCAUCAAGAAGGUUUGGGAGCUUGAGGAUAUCCAAGAGGCGCAUCGCCAGUGGGCCAACGGCACGGGCGUCGGAUCCCUGCUCGUUCGGGUUUCCGGUGACGCGAAGCACUGA